CGCUCUUUUACCCGCAAUAUUAUUAACUCAAGUCAAUAUACGGUUGACUUUGGAGGUGUGUGCAUUAAUUGAAAAAGUUUUAACAGUGGAAAACAUUCGCACAAAAUGGCAGCUAGAAACGCAAGUAUCACUGUUGAGAGUCAAAAUUUCUUGACCGAGGCAAUUAACAAGGAGCGAGAUACCCGUUUAAAUUGGCAUCAAAAAAGAAGGGGGCAGGAUGCGGUGAAACCCCGACAGAUGGAAGUAUUUCGCCGAAAUAUUGAAGAAAGAUCGAAACCGUCCGAAGCUUUGAUGGAAAGAUUACCUGCAAUUACCAAAGAACAACGAUUCAAUAAAAAGAAAACCACUGAUUGGGAUGCGUUGGUCACCAAGAGUGCGUCAGGCAAUGUGAAUACUGUUUUGAACAUGCGUCCAGCAACUCCGGACACAAAUUCUAAACUUUACGACGGGUUCACCAAGGAAGGAAAAGGCCGAUAUCAGUAUUUACAGUCCAGAUAUUUCCAAAUUCCUGAGGAAAAAUUUCCAUAUCCAUUGUUAAAUUCCUGGGAAUACGGAUGGAGAUUGAACGACGUGGUCAAAAAGGAGGAAAUUAAAAAACCGACGUAUGGGCGAACCCGAAUCGUCGCGGAUACGUUUUACACUCGCACUGGAGCUAUCUAAUUUGAGAUCUAGCUCGGAUCGGCCUUAAGACUGUGUUCCUAAUUAGUAGAUGUAAAUAUGUUUUAUUUGAACAUCUGUGAUGGAGACAUAAUGCUCAAUAUUUUGGAUUUUUGGAUUCGAGGAACUUUUUUUUUCGGAAUUUAUUGUGCAACGAUUUUAAUGUGGAGCAGUUUUGAAUAUAUUUUUUUCAUAUUUUCCUCGAAAUGUACAUAGAUUUUUAAUGAGCUUUCGUCAAAAAAUAUAUUGCCGAAAAAUAACGGUUAUUUUCGUAAAUUAGUGUAUAUAGAACUCGCUUAAAUCAUGUUUGCUGUUAUUCCUUGUUAUCCACAAUAUUUUGGGAUACUUUAAAAUUUGUUAUUGUGCAAAGAUUCAUUCUAACAUUUGUU